AGUAAUUUAAAAUGGUUGAAAAGUAUUUGGAAAAUUGUAAAGAUUGUCAGGAAACAAUUAUUCUAGGAACUUUUGGCGUGAUUGCAUUCCACGAGAAGAGUUUUUUUUGGGGGGUGUUUUAAGUUUGCAUAACCUCCAACGACAAAUGUAAACAGCUGUUUUCCACGCUUGCGCAUGAAAUUAACAGCAAUUAUCUACAAUUGGUUUGGGGAGUAUUUAUGAAAUAUAUGUUGUCGGAGUGUUGACACGAAGAAGUUGUGCCAGUGAGAGGAUAAUGCAAUAUGGUAUUGGAAUAAUGAAAGCAAAUAGAGGCAAGAUGAUUUGUAGACGUAUCAUCUUGAAUUAAUGUUAGUCAUCUGGAUAAGGUGAGUUUCUGUUUGGAGUUGGAGUAGAUUCAGCUGUACCACUCGAUUUACUCCUGUAAUCCGUUUUGCUUCAUGAUUCUCAAUGGUCUCAAUCGAUGACUGCAGAUUUAAUGAUUCCAUCUGGAUGAUUUUACCUAGGUUCUGAGAUGACUCGCCAAAUGACAGAGGUUGGCGAUGGAAUUGACAUUUUCAUUAUGAACUGAACAAAAGUUCGAGGGAUACUAUUCGAAAUGUCAGAGCCCUCGUGUUCUUCAUCAAAGAAAGAGUCGUCCAAUGGAGCUUCAGAGGAAAAUCCUGGGGUCAAGAGGAAAUGGGAAAAUUUUCAAAACUGGUUGCACUGCAUCUGCGUUGUCACUUUUGACUUGGAGUUGGGACAAGCUGUCGAGGCUAUUUACCCGACUCACGUGAAACUCUCAGAAUCAGAGAGAUCAAAUGUGUGUUAUCUGGCAUUCCCAGACUCAAAUUCGGGGUGCAUGGGUGAUACCCAGUAUCACGUGAGGAUUCGACAAAACUCAAAUUUUCCAACACGUGAACCACCAGCUCUCAAAGAGUACAACAGAAAAUCUCCUAGUUUCCUGCAGUUCGAUAAGGAUUUCUACUGGGGAUAUGUAUACUUCAGGCAAGUUAAAGAUAAAACUCUACCCAGGGGGUAUUUCCAGAAGAGUGUUGUUCUUAUAUCAAAAUUACCAUUCGUCAAUUUAUUCACUGAAUUGUGCGCUUUACUGGCUCCCGAAUUUUUCGAUGCUGGUAACACAAUUAUGGAUGUCGCAAUUCGUGAAAUUGACAACUGGCCUCAACCAUUGCCAGGACAAUUGAUACAUCUUCCGCUUCUAGGAGUACUCUUCCAGACAUAUAUUCCAAACACUAAUUACAAGGCUGUAGUGCCUUCCGUGAGUGCAAUGGAAGCAGUUAAAACUUCGAAAUGCAUAAAUUCCCUUCGUAGGCUGAUAGUAGCAUCAGCCUACGAAAGUGACAUGUUCCAAAGUCUAUCCAAUGUAGUGACUCACGUUCACCUCCUCUGGGAGUUGGUGCUUCUCGGUGAGCCAAUAGUAGUUAUGGCAGGCUCUCCAACAACUUGUGCUGAAAUGGUUCAAGCUCUAGUUGCAACGAUAGCACCUCUGAAAUACUGUGCAGACUAUCGUCCAUACUUCACAAUCCAUGAUUCUGAGUUUAAAGAGUACACAAUGGACGCGCCAACACCUCCAGCUGUAAUUCUUGGUGUUACCAAUCCAUUUUUUGCAAAAACAUUGCAAAGGUGGCCACAUAUUAUACGUAUAAGCGACGUAUCAAACUCUGAUAAUCAGAAAUAUCGAAUUAAAAAGUCUGAGAGCUUGAAAAUACUUGAUUCAAAGCCAGGUGUUUACACGCAGUACAAGACAUUUUUACAGAAGGAUAAAGUCAUUUUGAAGAAGUUGUUGAGGGGAACGCAGACUAAGAGACCCAGGGAAGUGCAGACUGCACUUUUGAAAAGACAUCUCAUGGAUUUGACGGAGAGCUUUAUGAUUCCUCUGGAAAGAUAUAUUGCGAGUUUAAUGCCGUUACAGAAGAACAUAUCGCCGUUUAAGGCAACGCCAAUACCUCACAUGUUCAACCCAGAAGAUUUUUUAGCCACUUUGCCCUCUGCGGGUCCUCAAUUAACUAUAGGAAUCAAAGGUGACUGGGUGGGACUCUACAAGCGAUUCUUCAGGACUCCAAAUUUCUCUGGAUGGUUUCUCUCACGUUACACUGAAUUAACCCUGAAAUUACAAGCUCUGCAACUGGAAGCACUCUCUCAAGCGGAUCUCAAGAAUUGGGUUCAGGAUAAAGAAGAAGUAGAAGUAGUCGACAUGAUUCUACGUAUUCGUCAAAAAUUAGAAAGGAGUUAUCACGAGGAUGUGCCAAUUACUCAGAGUGUGCGUGAAAAAUUGUGUGAGAGGAUAGAUGAUAUUACAUUAACACUGCCGGAAGACUUGAAGAUCAUACUCAGUCGAGAAUCCUGACGUUUCAAUAAUUUUUUAUU